AUGCCAAUGUUAAGCAUAUCAAAAGGGAUACAAGUUUUUGUAAUCUAUAGUGAUGCAUCUAAGAAUGGCCUGGGAUGUGUAUUGAUGCAACAAGAAAAUAAAGAAUUGAAUAUGAGUCAGAGAAGAUGGCUUGAGCUAGUGAAAGACUAUGACUGUGAAAUCUAUUAUUACUCAAGCAAGGAACGACUAUGUAUACAAGACUUAGAGGUAUUGGAAAAGGAAAUAUUGGAAGAGGCUCACUCUGCUCCAUAUUCAGUGUAUACAAGAAGUACCAAAAUGUACCAAGAUAUAAAAUUGAUGUUUUGGUGGAGAGGAAUGAAGAAGGACAUAGCCAUGUAUGUUGAAAGGUUUCCUGAAAUUAAUAAAGAAAGUGGGGGUAGUUUCAUGGUAUACCAGUUUCAAUUGUAUCGGAUAGAGACUCAAGAGUUUAGUGGACAUUUGGAAAAACAUCUACCUUUAAUUGAGUCUGCUUAUAACAACAGUUAUCACACCUCUAUCAACAUGGCACCCUAUGAAGCAUUGUAUAGAAGGAAAUGUAGGUUGCUAGUUUAUUGGGAUGAGUUUGGCGAACAUAAGAUUUUGGGUCUAGAGAUUAUUGAACAGACUGUGCAAGCUAUCAAGAAGAUUCGUAACAGUAUUAAAAUGGCUGAAGACAAACUGAAAGCUAUGUAG